GCGGAUCCAUGUCAAGUCAACCCACCACGCUUUCUUCCUCAGAUAUAGAUACCCCUCCUCCACAUUUCACCACUCAUCGCUUCAUCAUCAUCAUCAUCUUCUUCUUCUUCUUCUUGUUAGAAGGCAGUCUUGAUACUUUCUUGCCGAGGAACAACGAAAGAAGAAGCCAAGCACAGAGCUAGAGAGUCCGAGAGAGAGACAGAGAGAGAGAGAGAGAAGCGAUGAAGCUAGUUUGGUCUCCAGAAACUGCGUCCAAAGCUUACAUCGACACCAUCAAAUCCUUCGAAGCUCGGCAAGAGUCCGGAGUCCCGGAGCUUGUGGCCGCCAUGGCGGCAGGGUGGAACGCGCAACUCAUUGUCGAGACCUGGUCGAGGGGCGGCGUCAUCGCCACCAGCGUCGGCCUCGCGGUAGCCGGCCGCCACACUCUCGGGCGGCACGUGUGCGUGGUCCCCGACGAGGUGUCCCGGUCGGAGUACCUGGAGGCGAUCAGAGCUGCCGGUGGGGCGGCCGCUGAGAUGAUCGUCGGGGAGCCGGAAUCAGCUAUGGAGGAGCUCGAAGAGAUUGAAUUCAUGGUUAUCGACAGCCGGCGAAGUGAUUACUCCAAGGUGCUGAGGAUGGCCAAGCUGAGCAGUCGCGGGGCGGUCCUGGUGUGCAAGAACGCGGCGAGCUCCGGAGCAGGCGACGCGUCCCGAUGGCUGAGCGUGGUGGAGGGAGGAUCGCGGCGGCUGGUGCGGUCGGUGUUUCUGCCCGUGGGGGAGGGCUUGGACAUCGCGCACGUGGCGAGCACCGGCGGUGGAAAGGGUCAGAGUAGGUGGAUCAAGCACUGGGAUCAACGUUCCGGGGAGGAGAUUGUUAUACGAAAAUAGCCUUCUUUUCUUCGUCUUUCUUCUUUGCUUCUUCUUCUGUAUUAGGUUUUGUUUUUCAUCAGAGCGAAGAGAAGACAUUUUUGGAGAGGUUAAGGUUGGCCAAAUAUGAAAAAUGUACAGGAUUACACGUCAUGA